AUGGCAAUAAAUAAAAACGAGUGGAAUCGAUCAUUAUUUGGUUGUACGGAUAAUUGUAGUUCAUGUUGUUAUGGAUUUUGCUGCCGGCAAAAAUUUCGAUCGAUCUCGUUGCUGUUUGAAGACUUUUAUAAAUUGUCUAGUUAUACGUCUAGAAGAACAGGAUUGAAUUUCCAGCCAAAUGUCAAACAAAAUAAAAACUCUCAUUCAUAUUCAAAAGGUGCUCCAGCAGAUAGUGCUAUCGACAUUCCAUCGGUUUCAUCAAAACCAAAUUCCAAAUGUUCCGUUUCACGAGUACUCUGUAUUCAAGGAUUGAUUAUACUAUUUCUUCUGACACUGGCAGCUGUGAUUAUACCUAUCGUAGUUUUAGUAAUGGACACCACCAACAGAGGAUCACCAUGUGCUACAACCUAUUCACAAUCGUUUGUAUACAACACUAUUCCAACGACACAAUGUGCAGCGUGGCAAACAUUCACAUCGACGUUGACUUGUACAAAGUAUACACUCCUCCUAGGUCUACGUUAUAACACUACUAUUAGUGCUACUUCGAAUGGAGUUAAUUGGAGAGUUGGUUCGUGUUGGUGGAGCGUCCCGGGCGAAAUAACUACAGAUAUUGGGGUGGUAUUUUAA